CGACAAAACAUGCAUCACAGGACCCUGGGUAAGAUCCGCGGAAUUCAAAUUUUCAAAACAAAGUCGAGGUUGUUGUUUUAUCAUGAAAGCGUUCACUUUGAGCUGGACAGCUGUUACAGAUACAAUCUACGGUUUUAUUUAAAAACAGUUCGGUUAUGGACGUGGGUGAAAAUAACAGAUCGAUGGACACCCUUAAACCGCCGUCCAUCGAGGAUUUCAUCGUUUUGAAGCCCAUCAGCCGCGGAGCCUUUGGCAAGGUCUACCUUGCGAGGAAGAAGUGCAAUGCGCGCUUAUAUGCUAUUAAGGUGAUGAAGAAGGCAGACAUGGUUGAUAAAAAUAUGACGGGUCAAAUGAAGGCAGAGAGAGACGCACUCGCUCUGAGUAAAAGCCCCUUCGUAGUUCACCUGUUUUACUCCCUCCAGACUGCCACCAAGAUCUAUCUGGUGAUGGAAUACCUCAUUGGUGGAGAUGUCAAAUCUCUACUUCACAUUUUCGGGUAUUUCGACCAGGAUAUGUCUGUAAAGUACAUCUCAGAGGUUGCACUGGCUUUGGAUUACCUUCACCGACAUGGUAUAAUACACAGGGACCUGAAGCCAGACAACAUGCUCAUAUCCAACGAAGGUCACAUUAAACUAACAGAUUUUGGACUUUCUAAGGUCAAGCUUGACAGAGAGCUGAGUCUUAUGGAUAUCCUCACCACCCCUUCUCUGGCUAAGCCUAAAAAAGAUUACUCUCGUACUCCGGGUCAGGUCCUCUCCUUAAUCAGCUCCCUUGGCUUUAAAACUCCUGCAGGUGAGGGCAAACGUCACUGCAGCGCGUCUGCUGCAUCUAGUCCCGUGUGCUCUGGCAGAAUAAAACCCAAGAAUAAUUCUCUUGGUUCUCCUUUAAUGACAACCAAAGAUCAGCGGUACUCUCCAGCUCGGUAUCCUUGGAAAUUGGGUUCUAACAACAGUGUGUUUAGUCCUCAUAAUCUCACUAAAAAUCUGACUCCUGCCCUGCUUAAGACCAGAAAGAGAAUUGAGACGAUGAGUGCAGGGAGCACAACAGACACGGAAGGUGGGAUCAGUCCUUUGUGGGAGUGUGAGGAGAAAGAAAAUGAACAUAUCAACCAGAAGGCGAGUGAGCAUUGUCAGUACAAGGAUCCUGAAAAGCACUAUGAGCCCACCCAACUGGAAAACACUGUCUGCCCUGCUAAGACCAACACCAAAAAUCUGUCUAAUCAGGACCAUGUAAAGACUCCUUACCACAACAAUCCACUUGCACUUCCCUCAUCCGUGAAGAGAACAUUUUCAGAUCUAGAGAGAAGUCCAGAGCCACUGGAGGGCCAAGCCAAGAAGAGGAAUGCAGACUACAAAAGAUGCUAUGAGAUUCCAGAAGAGAGCACACGGCUUCACACUGGCCUCACUGGAACCUUUUCUUCCAUCCAGAUCGGCAACUUCAUGGCCUCCACUGACAGAACAGGGUUGUCUCACGAGUGGGUCCCCAACCGCUCCAGCUCCAUUGCCAAAACGCUGUUUUGUGAUCUGGAAGAGCCAGCAGAGGGAAUAUUAGAAGAUGACGCUAAAGAUUUGUCACAUUCAAGUUUUACGUCUCCUCUUGCUGAGAACAGUGAAGUUUACAGAAGCCUGAGCCUCGACUCUGAUGGUUCUAUGCAUGAAACCUCUCUCACUGUAUCUCCUAAAGGGGACAAGUAUUCCAAAAGUGGCAAUUCAGCGUCUGACUCAUUUAUCACAGACUCUCUUCCACAAACUGUUACUAAUAACUCACCUAAACUUGGUAACUCAGGUCUGAUAGGUGAGUCUCAGUGUUCUCUAGUGAACGUCUCUGAUCUGGCCUGUGAUGCAGCUCAGUCCCCCUCAUUCCUCAAACCGAGGAAUGUUGUGGCUUUCCGCAGCUACUGUAGCUCCAUUAACCGCUCUAACUUGUCGGGGGUGUCGCGGCUUAGCAUCAGGUCUGUGGAGGCCAUGGACGUGUCCACAUCAGCCUCUUACUACUCUGCCUAUGGCACUGCAACGCCGGUGCAAAAAAGAUCCCGCUUCAACAGCUCUCUUUCACAGACACCGCAGCCCAUGUCGACCUCCCAGACUCCCUUCAGGACUCCAAAGAGUGUGCGGAGGGGUGCGCUGCCUGUUGAGGGCGCCCCCAUUUUAGGGACCCCUGAUUACUUAGCUCCAGAGCUUCUUUUGGGGAAACCACAUGUUUCAGGAAGAGCACAGUGUGACUGCAUGGUGGACUGGUGGGCCCUGGGUGUGUGUCUCUUCGAGUUCCUCACAGGCGUGCCACCGUUUAAUGACGAGACCCCACAGCUGGUUUUCCAGAAUAUUCUCAACAGAGACAUCCCGUGGCCUGAAGGAGAAGAGGAACUCUCUGAAAACGCAAGUAGUGCCAUUGAGAUUCUCCUGACGAUGGACAUGACAAAACGAGCUGGUUUAAAAGAGCUCAAGUGCCAUGCCCUGUUUGAGGGCUUGGACUGGGAUGAGCUGCAGAACCAGAAGAUGCCCUUUAUACCUCAGCCAGAGGACGAGACAGACACGUCUUACUUUGAUGCCAGAAACAACGCUCAGCACAUCGCUGUGUCCGGCUUCAGCUUAUAGACACAAGCAAGUUUUAUUCAAGCAAUAAAAUCAGGCUUUUGAUGA